GUAGUAUCAAAGUGGGGACCGGUAUCAGUGAUUCGGGCCCACCCUCAACUGAGCACACAGCAAUGUGUCGUAUUGGCGAGUCGUGAUUGGCCGAGUGUACCGCAGGGGAGUGGCCUGGGCCCGCUAUUCUUGGUCGUGUUUUUACCGGCUGCGUAGGCGACCAGCCCGCGUUAUUCUCUCGCAGUCGAUCGGACGCGUCGGAGUGUUAUAGUUUAUUGCCGUGAGACUAUCAAGUAAAUUGUGGCUCAUUGACGGCGAUUUAUACGUGUUGACUAUCUUUUGUCGCGUGCUUAAGGACUUUUUGUGUUACCUACGGUGUGAAGUGAGAGGUAUGGAUAUUUUUCAUAUUUUUUUUAUGUGCGAGUAUAAAAAAUAUUUUUCCCCAAAAAUUUUCACUAUGGGCGUUUCUGACCACACGGAACUCCCGGACCCCGAGCGGCCCGGAUCCGGCUCGGGCCCAGACGACGACGACGCGCCGCGCCGGAAACAGCGCCGGUACCGGACGACGUUCACCAGCUAUCAGCUUGAUGAGCUGGAGAAAGCGUUCGGACGGACGCACUAUCCGGACGUUUUUACUAGGGAAGAACUUGCUUUGAAAAUUGGUCUUACUGAAGCUAGAAUUCAGGUAUGGUUCCAAAACCGGCGAGCGAAGUGGCGUAAGCAGGAGAAGGUGGGGCCCCACGCACACCCGUACAGCGGGUACCUAGGCGGAGGGCAACCGCUGCCCACGUCAGCUACGCUGCCACCGGCGCCGCACCCGCUCAGCCAGCUUGGCUUCGGCCUUAGGAAGCCGUUUGAUACCGCCUUGGCCAGUUUUAGGUAUGCCAGCUCCCCCCUUUUCGGUGCCCAAUACCUUCCCCCACUAUCCAGACCGCCCCUAUUCGGCGCUCCGCUAUACGCUACCUCUCCUCACUUCCAUUCCAUCUUCGCUAACCUGACUGCGCCUGAACCGCCACGACUAUCCCCCGAACAUUCCCGACUGUCCGAGCACAGUCGAAUGUCAGAGCAGAGCCGACUGUCUGAUGUUUCUAAAACGCCAGAAAACCGUCUAUCACCUGGCCGUUUAUCUGUGGAAGUUACGUCCCCCGCCCCGUCGGUUUCGCCCCCGAUCUCACCUGGCAGCGAGUCGAUACCGCAAGCAAUGGAAGACGUGCGGAGUUCGAGUAUUGCCGCUUUGAGAUUAGCGGCCCGCGAGCAUGAACUAAGGCUGGAGCUUUUGAGGCAGCGGGCUGACUUGAUUUGUUGAUAUUUUCAGUUGGUGUUUGAGUUGAAAUAAUUCAUGUGAAAAUGUAUGUAAUGUUUAAAUGAUUGUUUACCAGUGUUAACUUUCUACUACCUAAACAGUUCAAAACAAUUUGAUAAAACCAAGAUAGACAAUUAUUGUAAAGUCUGGUCUACGCAUAAUUCUUUGAAAGAAAGAAAGUUUUCACUAAAGAUAUUAUUGCUGAUCAAUAAAAAGUGUCCAAUUGAGGAUUGUAUGUAUUUGUUAAUACACUUUUGUAGCGAGGACGUAUUGUAUUUAAAAUGUUAUAUGUAAUCUUAAACUAUUCGUUGUAAAUAUUAAUAUUUAAUCUAGAAAGCAGCCGCGACCAGUCGUUUCAUAAAUACAUUCCUAACCACCUAAGUGCUUAUUAUUAAAGUUAAUAUUUAUAAAAUCAACAUGUGACUUCUGGUCGUGGUUGUCUCAUACAAUAUUUUACUUGAUAAUGUUAGUAGGUAAGUACUUAUACGAGUAUAUUAGGGAUCGAGCACACUCACGCAUUGCGUUGUACGCGAUCGAAAAUAAUAUGGUAAACAUGUCUUACGUACGUAAGUACAUGUAUGCAAAUACGCGCAAAAGUAGGUUUGUAACUUAAUAUGUGGACUUGGAAUGUCAUAUUUAAUACCUGCAGUUGAAUUUUUUAAGGUAUCGGAAAAAGCUUGAAUGUUACUUAAGAAUUAAAGAAUUAGAAUGAGCUACAAUUUGAACAUCUUUAAAAAAGUUUAACCAUACCAUAUUGACAUUAAUUUGAUCUAAACAAAACUGCUGCAAUAAAGUUAUCUGAUUUCAAAAACAUAGGUAGUACAUUUUUUAAAUACCAGACCUAGUGCCUUUUAUAGAAUAAUGUUACCUUUGAAAUAUUAUCGUGUUAGAAUAUAUAAGCGUCAGAAUUUGACCGUAAAGAAACAUACUUAAUUGUUAGACCAAAAUCGUCAACGAAUUCGCGUCAGUGUGUCCAGUCCUUUACUUAUUUUCCUUCCAGCUUGGUUGUAUUUAAUACUUAUACGUAUAAAAUGUAAAAACAAAGUAAUGUUGCAAUAUAAAUAAAGGUUAUUUUAGUACAAA